AUGUCUGAAGAUUAUAUACAUAAUUUCGGAAAAGUAAUUGGAAUACAAAAAGCCUAUAAUUCAAUUAUUUCUCAUCUCGAUAAAGAAAAUUUCAAUCUAUCAAAUCUUCCAAACAUGCCACCAAUUACAGAAAUAGAAGAAAUAGAUGAUCAACUACCAGUAGAAACAGCAUAUGAGAAAGGUAAAGAACAAUAUGACAAAUUAAAUGAAAAACAAAAAGAAAUUGUCGAUUUCAUCAUAGAUAUUGCAGAAAAUAAAAAUAAUAAUAAACCUAAUUGUAUAUAUAUAGAUGGACCAGGAGGAUCUGGAAAAACAUAUAUUUAUACAACUUUAUGUUAUUUACUUCGCAGUACCAAUAAAAACGUAUGUACAAUGGCUUAUACAGGAAUUGCAGCUACAUUAUUACCUAAUGGAAAAACCACACAUGAAACAUUUAGUUUACCUGUCCCUAUACAUGAAGAUUCUAGCUCAAAUAUAAAACCAAAUUCAAAGCAAGGCCAGUAUCUCAAAAAUAUUGAUGCUUUCAUAUGGGAUGAAGCUCCUAUGGCUCCUAGAUAUGUUUUGGAAGUAAUAGAUCGAACAUUGCGUGACAUUACAAACGAAGAUUCCCCGUUUGAUCGAUGUAUCGCAUCUAAUAACAUUAAUAUUGUAGAUAAUAUAUAUGGCUCCAUAAUUGAUAGACAUGAAUUCAACGAACUAUCUAAUCGUGCAGUUCUUACAGCGCGACAUAUUGACGUUGACAGAAUUAAUAAAGAAAUAAUUAGAUUAUUAGAUGUAAAUACCGAAAGAAUAUAUACAAGUGUCGACAGUACAGAAAAUUGUGACAACGAAGGAAUUAACGAUGCUAUAUUACCAGAAUAUUUGAAUACCUUAAAUCCACCUAACUUUCCUCCUCAUGAACUUCAAUUUCGAGUAAAUACUAUACUAAUGGUGAUCAGAAAUCUUAACGUUAGUGAAGGUUUAUGCAAUGGUACAAGAUUACUCCUUUUAGAACUUAAAACUAAUCUUUUAAAAUGCAAAAUAUUAAAUGGUGACAAAGUGGGAGAAAUUGUAUUUAUUAAUCGCAUUACUCUAUACUGCGAAAAUAUCUACCCUUUCACAUUUAAAAGACGACAAUUUCCCGUUACAUUAGCAUUUGCUAUGACAAUAAAUAAAGCUCAAGGUCCAACAUUCAAUAAAAUUGGUAUUGAUUCAACCAAAAAUAUUUUUAGUCAUGGUCAAUUAUAUGUGGCACUUUCAAGAGUCCGAUCCUGGGAUUCACUUCAAGUUUACCUGAAUGAUCAAAGACUAAAUAAUUUUGUCAAAAAUUACGUAUUCACAGAAUUAUAUCAAUGA